CGUGACGUUCUCAGCGUGCGACCAGCUGCAGCCACCGCGGUCUCCAGCGCGACCCGGCCCAGCCAUGUGCCAGGUGGGCGAGGACUACGCGGAGCCCGCGUCCGAGGAGCCCCCGCCUCGGCAGCCUGGCCGUGAACAGAAGUGUGUGAAGUGCAAGGAAGGCCUUCCUGUCGUGGUGAUCCGAGCAGGAGAUGCCUUCUGCAGGGACUGUUUCAAGGCGUUUUACAUCCACAAGUUCAGAGCCGUGCUUGGGAAGAACCGGCUGAUCUUUCCGGGUGAGAAGGUGCUCCUGGCGUGGUCUGGAGGGCCUUCGUCCAGCUCCAUGGUCUGGCAGGUCCUUGAGGGCCUGAGUCGAGAAUCUGCCAAAAGACUGCGUUUUGUGCCAGGGAUCGUCUGUAUUGAUGAGGGAGCAGCCUGUGGCCUGAGCCCAGAGGCCAGAGCAAAAACCCUGGCCGAGAUGAAGCUGAUCCUGCAGACCGUUGGCUUCCCAUGGCAUGUUGUCGCCUUAGAAGAGGUGUUUGACCUGCCACCAUCCGUGCUGCGCUGCUUUGCCCAGGAGCCAGUGGAGACUGAAGGGGCCUAUAAGGCAGCUGUGGACAGUUUCCUCCAGCAGCAGCAUGUGCUGGGGGCUGAAGGGGCUGGGGACAGCCCCAGCCUCGCCCAAGGGGAGGAACAGCUGAGCUGGCCCUGCACCCAGGAUCCCCAGAACCCCCAGAGCCCAGAUAGGCCACCCACAGCUGCCCAGACUGAGGCUCUGUCCAGACUCUUUGACUCCGUGAAGACCCUGACAGCCAAGGAGGAGCUUCUGCAGGCACUACGGACCCACUUGAUCCUGCAUGUGGCCCGGACCCAUGGCUACUCCAAGGUGAUGACAGGAGACAGUUGCACACGCCUGGCCAUCAAACUCAUGACCAGCCUGGCACUGGGGAGAGGGGCAUUCCUUGCCUGGGAUACGGGCUUCUCAGACGAGCGGCAUGGCGACGUGGUGGUAGUGCGGCCCAUGCGCGAGCACACGCUGAAGGAGGUUGCCUUCUACAACCACCUGUUUGCCGUCCCCUCCGUUUUCACGCCAGCCCUCGACACCAAGGCCCCUGAAAAGGCCAGCAUUCACCGGCUGAUGGAGGCUUUUAUGCUCAGGCUGCAGGACCAGUUCCCCUCCACAGUCAGCACUGUGUACAGGACAAGUGAGAAGCUGGUUAAGGCCCCCAGGGAUGGCUGUGCUGCCAGUCCCCCUGGCCCCCGCUGCCUGCUCUGUAUGUGCGCACUGGACAUCGACACUGCUGGUCUGUGUCUGCCUUCCCCAGGGUGCUCAGAGGAGGGCACUGGCGAGUGGGUGUUGGGGUUCAGCAGCCCCCUGGUCCCCUCAGCUCCUCUCUACUUGCAGACAGUGCCACGGCUUUUGGGGCUCAGACUCCCUUGCAUCUGUCCCAGACGCAGCCCCCCACCCCACCGCCCACUGCACCCUGCUGUUCUGCAGGGAUGGGGCGGGUGCAGGGCUGCUGUGGGGGGGCCAGGCCCUGCGAGAGGUGCAGCUCUGCUCUCGCAGGGAGGACCCCCGAGCCCGCGUCAUCGAGCAGCUGUGCUACGGCUGCCGCGUGAACAUGAAGGACUUGCCCUCCCUGGACCCCCUGCCGCCCUACAUCUUGGCCGAGGCCCGGCUCCGCAGCCAGAGGGCCUGCAUCGAGCAGCAGAUCCAGGAGUACCUGGUUGAGGACAGUGAUGAUGAGGCGCAGACUGGCGAGAGCUGAGCCUGAGGACGAGUGUCCUGGACCAGAGACACCCAGGGUGCCAGGGCUGGGACCUCUGCCACGCUAGAGCAGGAAGGCAAGGAUGGCAGACGGCAUGUGAUUGUCCGUUUGUAUAAAUAAAAAUGUUUUUUAAUUAGAAAA